CACCUGAAGUGUGUGUGCAUGCGCGUUGAGUCCCGUCCCCUCCCCUCCCGUCCAUGUCUGUCCCCUUCUUCUGACUGUCUGUCCGGCAACCCCACCAUCACCCAGUCAGUCAGUCAGUCGGUCAGUCAUCUGUACAUGCAUCCAUUCACACACCCACACCCAUCCAUCCAUCCAUCCACCCAUUCGCCCAUUCGCCCAUCUGUGUGUGCAGGAGGGCUGACUAUACACGAUGAUGACAUCGAAGGAGGAGAGAGAACAAGACUGGCAGACAGACAGACUAGGGUGACGUGACGUCGGGUGAAGGAAUGGAUUCACCAAAGGGGAGGAGGACAUGGCUGGCGCGACCACUCACAGAUCGAUCGGGGAAGAAGCAAACACGAAACUACCAUCCUUGCUCACCUCACCCGCACCGAAAAACUACACCCAUCCUAUCCACUCACGCCUUUGUCACUUGCUUUGCUCGACCAUUUCGCCAUCCAUCCAUCCAUCCAUCCGUUGGGGCGGCGAAAAAUAAAGCACCAGUGUCACUCACUCCAGUCUCUCUCUUGGUCGGUCAUUUCCUUGCUCCCCGGUUGAUCAUGUCCGACAGCACCGCCCUCUCGUCAGCCGCCACCUCACUGCCCUCAUCCAUCCACCCCAGCCCAAACGCGUUCGUCGCCCCGCCCACACCACCAGCACCAGAUGGGUGACCGUCGCCCGGCUGGGUCUCGGGAUGCCUCACCACCACAAGCACAUGGUCGUCGCCCGCCUUAUUGACGCACCGCACCGCUAUCGACAGCGCAAUGGACGUCAUCAGAAGAAAGAUGGCCACGUCGGCGAACAGCACGUUCCGCCGCCGCACCUCGCGCGACCCCCGAGAGCUGCCGAUGAGCGCCGCACAGAUGGCGAUGGCGGUGAAGCCGCAGGCUAUCUUGACGCCCAAGAGAAUCCGCGCCACAGCGGUCAUGAGCGACACCGCAAUGCAGAGAUGGACGCCGCUGCCGAUGACGAGCACGAACAUCUCAACGGUGAGCCACUUCCACGGGCUCUCGGACAGCUCCUCCAGCACCGAAUCGGCGUCCUCAAGGCCCGCAAUGUGCCUGUAGAGCACGACGCCGCCCGUGACGACCGAGAAGCCGACGAUGUGGAGGGCCUGGGAGACUGCAAUGAGCGGCUGGAACCUGGCGAAGCCGAUGGAGACGGUGAUGAAGAAUAGCACCGAUACGGGCACGCACAUGACCCAGAAGGGCGUGACGGGCCCGCCGUAAGAGGACCGCCGAUGCGUGGAAGCGAUGUCGUGGCGCAUGCGCUGCGGUGGGGUGACGAUGGGCACUGAGGUGCUGGAGGACCGGGAGCCGGCCCGCAUGUACUCGGCGGCGAUGUCCUCCUUCAUCCUGAUAUAUGAGCUGCUCAGGGCGAUGGUCUGAAUGCACGCCGAUGGACAGAGUGAGGCGACGACGGUCAAAGCGAGCUUGACGAGCUUCUUCGGCACAUGAUCGGCAUCACCAUGGCAUUCUCGAACGGAUUUUGGCUCUUGCCUUUCGGCC